AUGGUGUCUUUGAGGUCCAUCCGUGUUGUGACAUGUGUCAGAAUUUCCUCGUUCUCAAGGUCCUCAGACUUCCAACAUGAAAGGAGCACAGUUUGGAAAAAACCACUGAAUUGGGACGUAAGCCAAAUAUCAAAGAAGCGAAAAGAUUUUUUGUUUAAGUUCUUGGUUAUUGGAAAUGCGGGAACUGGCAAGUCUUGCUUGCUUCAUCAGUUUAUAGAAAAAAAAUUCAAAGAUGACUCAAAUCAUACAAUAGGAGUGGAGUUUGGUUCAAAGAUAAUAAAUGUUGGUGGUAAAUAUGUAAAGUUACAGAUAUGGGACACGGCAGGCCAAGAACGAUUCAGGUCCGUGACGAGGAGCUACUACAGAGGGGCCGCGGGAGCACUGCUGGUCUACGACAUCACCAGCCGAGAAACCUACAAUGCGCUUACUAAUUGGUUAACAGAUGCCAGAAUGCUAGCAAGUCAGAACAUUGUGAUCAUCCUCUGUGGGAACAAGAAGGACCUGGACGCAGAUCGGGAAGUGACUUUCUUAGAAGCCUCCAGAUUUGCUCAAGAAAAUGAGCUGAUGUUUUUGGAAACAAGCGCCCUAACGGGGGAGAAUGUGGAAGAGGCCUUUGUACAAUGUGCAAGGAAAAUACUUAACAAAAUUGAAUCAGGUGAGCUGGACCCAGAAAGGAUGGGCUCCGGGAUCCAGUACGGGGACGCUGCGCUGAGGCAGCUGCGGUCACCGCGUCGCGCGCAGGCCCCAGGCGCUCAGGAGUGUGGCUGUUAGGAGCUGCCUGCGCUGCACAGGUGUUCAGGCGUUAUUUGGGACACACUUGUUGGAGCUUGAAGUUUUUUACCACCAUCUUCUUCUACUUUAUACAGAAGUAGAGAUUUCUGUGAAGAAAAGUAAUGUGGGGUGAUACGCAGGCUAGUAGAUGUGACACGGCAAAUCAUGUAAUAAAUCUCGUUAAAUGGACAGGACCAUUAGAGGCAUACAUGUAUGUAAAAGUUUUCUGUUCCAUGUUUUCCCUUCCAUCUUUGGUUUAAAUCCUCACUGUGUGCUGUAUAUAGACUCUCCUUGCUCAAUACGUCUCCACAGCAUGGUAUCUGAUGUAGGAUAUGAUAGAACGUUGCUCUCGUGCAGUCUAAAAUUUUACUUUUCUUAAUCAUAUGAACUAAAACCUGUUGAUGGUGAGUGUACUUUGAUCAUCACGUCAGCUACAUUGCACAGUUGGGUAUUGAUGACCUAAUAUUCAAAGACUCUGGCAUUGAUGGCCAGUGCGAUGCUUCUUUAAUUCCGUUUGCCACGGUCCACAAAGUGUUUACGUAACCCACACUUGAAAUACUAGACCAGUAGUUACUCAGACACGGAAAUAAAAUGGAAAAUGGGAGUUUUUCCAUGAACUUGACCCUUCCAGCACUCUGUUGAUAUUAAAGCACCUUCAUCCAGAUCGAUUCAGGAAGUGUAGCCAGAGCACCUACUGGGUUUUAGGCACCGUGAUUAGCACUAAGGAUUCUGUUCCCUUUACCCAAACCUACUAGGAAAUUGAUUCUACUUUCAUCUGUUGGUAAACACGCUGGACAGUGUAACUGGGCUGCUCACGUGUCCCCGUCUGGUCUCCUGCUGGAAAUCACUGCUCGUUACCUGUGCUUCUCCGAGGAUUCAGUGUAUGACGUCACUGCCUCUUUUUUAAGCUUUUGUUGUUUUGUGUUCAUUUUAAGGAAACCCACUAAAUCCAGUUGAUAUUAAAGGAAUACCACUCAUCAAGCAAUUUCUGUAUAGCUUUUGCUGAAUACUUAAAUGCCUUACUACAGUUA